AUGGAUCAAACUAGGCUUUUACCAACUCUGUAUCAAGGCAGUGGCAACAGUGCAUCGCAGGAACCUUCUGAGGUAUCAACUGAAUCACCAACGAAGCGUCAGGAAGCUGAUGAAAUGACUAUUGUAUCAGUGUUACCGUCUGUGUCUCCUGGUGUAUUAUCAUCUCUAGCAACUUCAGAAGCAACACCAGUUACAGGAAAAUCAGCUCCAACAUCACCAAUGCUGACUUCAUCCUUGUUCUCACUGAGCACUGACAAUUCACCAUCUGUGAUGGCAUUAAGCACGUUAAAGUCAACAUUAGCAAAAAAUAACACUGUCACAAAAAUGGCUCCAACGUUAAGCCCAGUAGUAAUACAUGCAAAUUUUCCAGUUGUAUCAAGGGAUGGUUCUAUAAUACCUGAAUAUAUCACUAGUUCAUCCCCAAUUCAGAAAUUUAGUACAGCUUCAGUGCCCACAACACAUGCACCAAGACAAACUGAAGCAUUACUCGACACCAAGAAAUCCACAAGCCCAGACAUCAGUAAAACAUCAACUGCAUACCCAUUAACAAUGACAGCAGCUUUGACAUCUAUUACAGCAUCAGCGAAAACAGCUAGACUUCUCCCUACAUCUGCUGAAAAUGCUUCUGUUGCUGCUACUGAAUCAGCUUUUGUUAAUGUGACAACAGUUCUCCCUCUGGAAUGCCAGCUGUCCAGAAACCUGCUUGUUAAGACAGUAUUGUUUCUGAAUACAAGAAGACUGCUGCUGAGUGGCUCCUUGAAACAAAAUGUCACUAAAGGUCUCACCCUGGCAUUGCGGCAAGCUUUCAAUCAAAAUGUCAAUGCACAAAUAGAAAUUCUGGAACAAUCAAACAAUGUUACAGUUGGUUACUAUGUUACUCAGGACAGACUCGUUUUCAUACCUGCUGUGGUUAUUGAAAUGCUAAUUGCUUAUGGUGUUACUAAUGCCACUUUAGAUAUUAGGAAACAUGUGCCAAAUCUUCAUUCUGUUGCUGUCUUAGCCUUGCCAUGGAGCCCAUUGCCAGCUUAUCAUUUUCAGCUGAAAACAGAAUUACAGUUUGUGGAUGAAUCAGACAACAUACAGUCAUGCAGAUUUGUUCAGACAAUGGAACAAAGAUUGCAGAGGGCAUUUCAAGAUGCUGAGAGGAAGGUCUUGAAUACCACUAGCAAAUUAAAUGUUCAGAUCCUGAACACAUCAAAUGUGUCUCAGGCCGUCACUCUGUUUUAUGUGGUGAGGAAUGAAAGUACAGUCUUAAAUGGCACAGUUUCAAGCAACCUUCUUAAUCAGCUUUCAGCAGAACUGGUGGGAUUCUAUCUUACUUUCCCACCAUUAACUAUUGCUGAAGCACUGGAAUAUCCAAAUCUUGAUACUUCAGAAGCAACUAGAGAUUACUGGGUGAUUACAGUUAUUCUUGGAGUUGACAUUACAUUGCUGGGGGUAAAUAACCAAAGUUUUGCAAGACUCAUGGAGCAACGUUUAGCACCACUGUUCAUGAUGUCUCAUCAACAAGAAAGACGAUUUAAACGAGCCACUACUAUUGGCAGCUUUACUGUGCAGAUGGUAAAAAUGCAGCGAAUUCCAGGUCCCCGGGAGCCUGCUGAAUUGACUUACUAUACUUUAUACAAUGGGAAACCUUUGCUAGGCACAAUAGCUGCUAAACGUUUGACUACGGUUGAUUCACAAAGGAUGGCCUUGACCCUCGGAUAUGUUGUUCAAGUACAAGCUGAUCCUGUAGUUAAAAACCCACCCAACAAUUUAUGGAUCAUUGCAGCAGUGUUGGCUCCCAUAGCAGUUGUUACAGUCAUCAUCCUUAUCAUCACAGCUGUUCUAUGCAGGAAGAACAAAAAUGACUUCAAGGCAGACACCAUGAUGAACUUGCCACAAAGAACCAAGCCAGUUCAAGGCUUUGACUACGCCAAGCAACAUUUAGGCCAACAAGGGACUGAAGAUGAUGUUUUGCCUGUCACCCAAGAGACCGUAGUUUUGCCUGUUCCUGUGAGAGAUGCUCCUGCAUCCCAGGAAAGGGAAAUCGUUCAGGAUGGAAGCACAGCAAAAACUGCCAAGUCCAAUGACGCAAGAAAGAGCCAGUCGUUGAGUGAAAAUGGUUCUGUCAUCAGCAAUGAAUCAGGAAAGCCCAAUUCAGGCCGAGGCUCUCCACAGAAAGUAACAGCACAGAAAGUGACAAAAGAGGAAGGAAGAAAAAGAAAUGUGCCUUUAAGUGAUGAAGAGGAUGGAAGCAUGGUAUUUGACAAUGUGAAUAAAUCUGCCGUUGAUCCCUUUGACACAUCUUCUGGAUCUGUACAGUUGAUUGCAAUAAAGCCUGUAGCUUUGUCUUCUGCACACCCAGGAACAGACAGGACCCAAGACACAGCUAUUCUUAAUGGAGAGAUUAACAAAGCCUUGAAACAGAAGUCUGAUAUAGAACACUAUCGCAACAAAUUGCGACUGAAAGCCAAGCGGAAAGGCUAUUAUGAUUUCCCACAAAUUGACAACAAGGGCUUGCCAGAUAGAAAACAGAUGUAUGAAAAAACACAAAAUGAAAUAGACCAUAUUCUGGAUCCUGAUACAGAUGGAUCCUCUCCAUUUGUAGAGCCCAAAAACAGGCAACAAACAAAAACCUCAGUUUACCGAAGCAGACAAUCUUUGAACAGUCCUAGUCCAGGAGAAACUGAAAUGGACCUUCUAGUUACACGUGAAAGACAGAGACGCGGUAUUCGCAAUAGUGGAUAUGAUACUGAGCCUGAAAUGAUAGAAGAAACAAAUAUUGACCGUGUCAAUGAAUCUCGAAAUUAUACCAGAGCCCAUCAAGCAAAAGGCCAUUCAGAGACUUCAACUCUGAGUUCUCAGCCAUCUAUUGAUGAAGUUAGGCAACAGAUGCACAUGUUACUAGAGGAAGCCUUUAGUUUGGCUUCAGCAGGUCAUGGAGGACAGAACAGGCAACAAGACACUUACAAUUCUGCACAGAAUUUGCCAUAUUCUGAAGUUGUGACCAGUGCUCCUGGUACCAUGUCUCGGCCUAGAGGUGGAAUACAGUGGGUACCAACAUAUAGACCAGAAGUGUAUCAGUACAGUUUACCACGACCUGCAUACAGGUUUUCUCCACUCCCUGAAAUGGUGAUGGGUUCUCCACCUCCUCCUGUGCCUCCCAGAACAGGACCUGUUGCUAUAACUUCUCUUAGGAGGUCAACUUCCGAUAUUGGCAGCAAGACAAGAGUAUCAGAGUCCAGUGGGACUGAACAGAUACAGCCACAUGAUCAUGUCCCUUUUGUCCCAGUAUCAAAAGCCCCAGUAACUGUGGCUCCAUUGGAUCAAUCAGCUUUGAAUUACUCAGGAAAUACAGUUCCAGCAGUGUUUGCCAUCCCAGCGGCCAACCGACCUGGGUUCACAGGUUAUUUCAUCCCAGUACCACCUGCAGCAUACAGAAAUCAGGAGUGGAUGUCUUAUGCUGAAGACCAUGAUAUCCCAGGACAAUGGACUGACUCGGUUCCACACCCUGGCUACAUAGAAGUAUAUUCACAUCCACCUUAUCAGCACAACUGUCUUUCAAGGCUUCAUCCUCAGUAUGGUGAAUCAGCAGAUGUGUACCCAAGCCUGGAACACGCUCUGCACCCCGCUACAGCUGGAUCUCAUGAAAGCAUAAUAGAAAAUGAUGCUUCAGUCAACCUUGUCCCCAAUCUUACUACAACUGCCUUGGUGAGGGCAAAAAGAGAAGUAGCAAAGUUAGCCAAGAGGCAGACAGAAAUGUUCGAAUUUCAGGUCUAAUGGGUUUCUGCUGUGUAGAUUUUCAUCACUCUAGCUUUUAAAUUAGACUUGUCAAAAGAAUGCUCUGUUUUUCCAAUUCUGAUAGAGUCAAUAUUGGACCUUUUAAAGUGAUAGCAACUAUAACAUCAGUUCCAUGCCUGUUACAAUAAAUAUUCCCUGACAUUCUUUGUAAAACAUUGAUAUAUUAUAAGCAAGUGUCCAUCACAUAUAUCUUGUUUGAUGACAUUUCUACCACUGUAAACAUUCGUUAAGCCAAAUGCCUGCUUACUGUUCCAAUAUACAAAGUGCUGGGAAAGCACAUAUAUAGACCACUCUAUAGCAACAUGUGCAUGUAAAAAGUAAGUUUUAUCUUUCUGGGUUAAGAGGAAACUAAUACUGUGAUAAUUAAGGGACAUGUAUUCUUUCAUUAGUGGUCAAGUAAGUUACAUUUUGGAACACAAUAGAAAGAUUGAAUACAACAAAGCAAUAGAGCUCAGCUUUUUGCUGGAAAGCACAUUUGGACCGCAAGAAUUCGAUAUGUAUGAACUCCACAGAGUGCUUUAUUAAUGUCCUCAAAGGCUUGAUCAUUGUUUAUAAUCCAAAAACCAGGAAAAAAAGAGCUGGUAAGAAGUAUAGUAGUAUAAUUAAUGUCUAAAGUGCUGGUAUAAUGUUACCUUUGAGUUACACAGAAACUUUUCAAUAGUGUCUCUGUUGAUUGUCAAAAGAAAAAAAAAAGCUUGACAAA